AUGAGCGCGGGUCAAGACUCGCGAGAGGAUACGGCGAGGGAGUCGGGGUCCGACUCCGAAUCCGACUCCGACUCCGACGAGCGCGGCCGCGCGCGUCACGGCGCGCCCCGCGCCGCGACAGUCGCCGGGGCUAGGUUCGCCAACGCCACCGGGGCUGUCGCCCGGGACGCGACGCCGGCUCAGAGAAGCGCCGAGAGCGUGGAACGAGACGCGCGGAGGGCUCGCGCCGCCGCCGCGGAGGCUGCGGCGGCACGAGCGGCGGCAGCCGCCGUCCAGCCGACGUCACCCCAGAACGAGGCCGAGUCCCCGGAUUCGCGGGACGGGACCGCCGAGGCCAAGGAGAGGCUGAUCCGCGCGGUGACCGCCAUCCUCAACCCCCUGGUCAACCCCCCGCCCCUCCAGGAGCAGUGCGUGGUCACCCUCCACACCCUAUGCAAAAACGUAGUCGAUAACCCGAGCGACGAUCGGUACCGACGCGUCAAGGCGACGUCGAGGACGAUGACGCAGAAGGUGCUGGCGUGUCGCGGCGGGGAGGAGUUCCUCGCCGCCGCGGGCUGGAGGAAAGUCGCGCUCGAUUACGAGGGAUACUACCGGUGCGAGGACACCGCGCAUUGCAUUGAACUGCUCCGCAUCGCGGAGGACGUGCUUCGAAAGAAUCUACGCCUGUGCCGCGAGAAGACGGAGAGGCACGAGCGCGCCAAGACGAGGGAGAAGGACGACGCCGCGCGGCAGAAGGAGGAGGCGAGGCGCGCGAUCGAGGAGGACAAGGCGCGUCGGAGGGAGGCGGAGGAGAGGAAGAGGGCGGCCAAGGCUGCGGCAUCAUGA